UGUACACAAACCCUGAAGGAAACUCACCAUGACAAUCAAAAUGCCUCAAGACUGGUUUACUUCAUUUAAAAUUCAGUCAUGGAGCAGAAAUGGAAGACUUAGAAGAGAUCAAAGGAGGGUUCCUUGAUUUGUUUGUGAGGAGUACCUCAGCUGAAAACAAUGUUACUAACACAAGUGGGACCCAGAGUGAACACGGUGGCCAUAGCAAUACCGGCACUGUCCUCUUCUUGUUCACGUCUUUUGCCGUUGGAGCUCUUGUGAGACAUGUUUUGAAGCAAACUCCAAUUCCUUACACGGUCAUUUUGAUCUGUCUUGGACUAGCGUUUGGUGCUGCAUCAAAUGCAGCAGCACUUUAUGACACCCUCGUUGACUUCACAUCCAUAGCACGUAUUGAUCCUCACCUGAUGCAGUUUGUUUUUCUACCUAUUCUAAUUUUUGAGUCAGCCUUUGUCAUGGACGUGCACACUUUCAAGAAAACAAUCGCCCAAGCUCUCAUUUUAGCAGGACCUGGACUAAUGGCCUCGACGGCCCUGACUGCAGUCAUUGUUAAGUUUGUAUUUAUGUUUGACUGGUCGUGGGUGGCUGCUCUUGUGUUUGGUGCUAUCGUGAGUGCUACUGACCCAGUUGCUGUGGUUGCAAUUCUCAAAGAUGUUGGUGCAUCCAAACAGCUUGGCACUAUCAUUGAAGGAGAAUCACUGUUGAAUGACGGUGCUGCUAUUGUGCUCUUCAAUGUUCUACUGUAUGAGCUGAUUCCUGGUCAAAGUCAAACUGCAUUGCAGAUAUCUGUGUCCUUCAUAAGAGUUGCAUUCGGAGGCCCUGCUUUUGGGUACCUUGUAGCCAAGAUAGCCAUUUUUUGGCUUGCCAGAGUCUUCAAUGAUGCUCUAGUAGAGAUCACCAUCACUCUGGCCUCAACCUACAUCGCAUUCUAUGUGGGAGAAGGAUUUUUUGGAGUGUCUGGUGUAUUAGCUGUAGUGACUCUUGGUAUUGAGCUCAACUCCAAAAGGACCAACAUUAGCCCUGAGGUUGAGGUGUUCCUACACAGGUUUUGGAGCAUGCUGGGCUACCUGGCCAACACCUUGAUCUUCAUUCUGGUGGGUGUAGUGAUCUCACAGAGAGCUUUCCUCCAGGUCUCCGAAAUGGACUGGAUGUACGUGGUCCCCAUGUAUAUCGCCAUCAUGGUCAUCAGGUUGGCUGUGGUUGGAGCUCUCAGCCCUCUACUCAUGCAAUUCGGCUACUCAAUCGACUGGAAGGAAGUCAUUGUGGUGACAUGGGGUGGUCUAAGAGGGGCAGUGGGGCUCUCCCUGGCACUGGUUGUCCUCCAAACUCCUGGAAUUCCACAAGAUACCAUCGGGAGUAAGAUCUUGUUUCAUACGGCUGGCAUUGUGAUACUCACACUCCUCAUUAAUGCCACUACAGUGGGUUAUCUUCUUCGCACUUUGGGAAUGAGUGAUAUAUCAAAUACCAGACAGCUCACCAUGACAACGGCUGUACGGAGGGUGAACGAAGCCAAACAAAGAGCAGUUGGUAUGCUGAAGAGUGACCGAUUCUUGGCAGAUGCUAACUGGGACUAUGUCGACAAAAAGACUGAAAUUGAUGACCCCUAUCGUUUUGAGGACUAUCACUUCGAGGAGCUUCCAAACAGUAUGGCUGCUGCUGCUAACGAGGCGGCGGGUGGUAACUGUCCCAAUUGUGAUACUCGUGUCCCCCGAGUUCCCCACCCCAAGGAGCUGGCAGAACUGACAGAGGAGGUGAGACUACGCAUGCUCAAGGCAGAGAAGACAAGCUACUGGAGGCAGUAUGAGCAGGGGAUGCUCGGACGACAGGCCGUCUUGAUUCUCAAUAACCUUGCUGAUAUAGCCGUGGACACUAAGGAUCGGUUCAUCACUGUCAAAGAUAUUAAACCCUACUGGAAGAUACCGUUCUAUUUCACAAAAGCUCGUACGUUGUGCCUCAAGGCCCUCCACUGGAAGUCCACAGCUGAUCCACCUAAACCCUCCGUCAAGUGCUGCAUCCCCUUCCACAAGAUAGUCACACAUUUUAUCUUUGAGUGGACAUUCUUUGGCAUCAUUAUUCUCAAUGUUAUCUUCAUUAUAGUCGAGCUCUCCAUCAUGGACACUUUGGGUCUACAGGUCCUCUCCUAUUUUAAUUAUGUUUUCUUCACGAUAUAUUUACUAGAGUUGAUCUUGAAGAUAAUUGGUCUGCGUCAUCACUACUUCUUGUCUAAAUGGAACUGGUUUGAUUUUAUUAUCUUCAAUGCUUUAAUAGUGGAUAUUGUGGUUGAACUGACAGUGCCCAUGGCAAUGGAAAACGGAUUCUCUCCUUCCAUACUUAGAAUAGUUCGGAUAAUCAGAGUGGCCCGUGCUCUCAGACUAGCCAAGUUUUUUUUGCCACUGAUGAUUCGAUUGGUGGAUAUCAUUAUAAACAACAAGCUCCGUUUCGGCUAUGACAUUGGCAAGGGUUUUGUGGUAGGCGUUGAAGAGAUGCUACAGCAAUAUGAGCGACUGAGUUCCAUACUUCCACACAAGAGCAUCACUCGAGAGCUGCGGAAAAGAGCUGAAGACUCGCGUCUAGACGUUAUUCGGAGUCUGGGUAGGCUACGAAAGGAGCAUCCUGGAGUGGCUCUAUCCGUCAAAACACACCACGCCAUUCGUUCAGUGCUCAAUCAUUGCAGAGACACUAUCAGACAGCUACUGGGGAGUGGGGUACUGGACGAAGUCGAUGCUGAACUGCUGUUGAAUACGAUUGAAGUGAAGAUGAAGAGACUUGAGCGUACGCCUGCCUCUCUCCCUCUCCCUGAUCCCAAAGUGAUACUCCUGGGUGUGUCCUGGCUCUCUGGGAUGGAUCUAGAGGGAGAGUCCUCUGUGAAGAGCUGUGCGCAGCUAGAGUACUUUUUGCACAAGGACAUCAUCGUGCAGUGUGGGGAGAGGCCCAAAGGACUCUACAUUAUCGUGUCUGGACUGGUGAAAGUAAUGACUUAUCAGAGAGAGGAAUGUAAAAAACCUUCCGUAUCCGGUGAGAACAGCACUGACACCCAGUUCCAGGCCCCUCCCCCGCCUUCGGGGAAAAACGAGUUUGUGUCCACCGACUACUACGGAGCAGGCUCAGUGAUUGGAGAAUUUGCUCUCCUAGAGCACAGGGCUAGCAAUGAGACGGUGGAGUGCGACACAGACGUGCAGGCCUUCCGUAUCAAUGUUGAGGACAUGGAGGGUAUUCUAGCAACGUUCCCUCAUCUGGAGGAGCAGCUGUGGAGAGUCAAUGGCAUUCGCACUGCCACCGAGUUGCUGGCUAAACUACCAGAGUACCAGGACUGGCCUGCCAACAAGCUCUUGCUGCUGUGUGAGGAUGCCUACAUUGAGGCCCACCCUGAUGAGCCUAACCCCACUUUUGCCAACUCUGAUGUGUACAGGGAGGUGGUGUUGGUGAGUGGGGAGGUCCGCUGUCUCAACACCAGGGAGAGGCUGGUGGCUCCUGUCGUCAUACCAAGGAAUAUGAGAUACCUGCUACUGAUCAGUGACCAGCCUCAGCUGCUGGUAAUCCCUAAAAUACAGCGAGAGAUGCGGAAAGGCUCUAUUGAACCAGACAAUGUACCCGUCUACCGGAGGAAAAAGAGUUUCUCUCAGAAGAUUAGGUUUGGACUGGCUAAAGUGGUACGGAAGGUGCGUGAGGUCCUACGUAACGCAUGGAAUGUUAUCUUCAAGAGGCUUCGUCUCAAUAGGAUUAUGCCGAAAGAUAGUAUGAGCAGCACAAACGUCUCUGAGCACAACACCUCUACACACAGUGUCCUGGACUUGGAGGAAUCCGUACAAAACAAUGCCACGCCCACUAUUCCCACCAGUGCCCCGCCCAUUAUGAACAGACGUAUCCAAUCCAUUAUCGACAGAAGUGUCCCGCCCACUAGUCCCAGCAGUGCCCCGCCCACUAGUCCCAGCAGUGCCCCGCCCACCCGACGACUUUGACCUUUGCACUGACUCUCAAUCACAAUCAGUCAGCGUCAUGAAAGGCAGCAACAAUAAUAAUUAUCUAUAGCUAAUUUUGGAUAAACUCGUUCUUAUUUUUAAUUUUGAAUCUCAUGCUGUCUAUAAUUAAUUAUUGAUAAAAAUGUUGUAAAUGAACUUUUAAUUCUCAGAA